UAGUAGUAGUAGUAGUAGUAGUAUAUUUUUUAAACAAAUAUAUGUGUUAAAUUGGGGACCUGGUUUAAUACUGAUGAUAAAUUUUCUUCUAGGGAUGUUUUUGUAUGUGACUCUCCUGAUUUUCAGAUUUAUGGAAUCUCAAUCAGAGAAUUUAAAGGUCACUGGUCCAGAUGCUCCUCUUGUUGCUGUAGCUGGUGAAGAUCUGGUUCUACCCUGUUUUAUCAAACCCAACACCAGUGCUGUGGACAUGACAGUGGAGUGGUUUAGACCAUAUGUAAAAGACUCAUUGGUGCAUCUCUAUAAGGAUCAUGAAGACAGGAAUGAAAAUCAGGCUCAGGCUUAUAGGGGAAGAACUUCAUUUUUCAAGGAGGAGCUACAGAAAGGGAAUAUUUCUCUUAGACUCUCAGCUGUUCAAGUCUCUGAUGAAGGCCUAUUUAAAUGUCUUGUUGAAGACUACUCCUGGUAUGAUGAUAUCACUUUGCACAUCAUUGUUGAGGCUAGGGGAAGUCACCCGGUGAUCACGAUGGAGAGUUAUGAUAACACAGGAGGGAUUAAUCUAGUGUGUGAGUCCAGAGGCUGGAAUCCUCAACCUGAGGUUCUGUGGCUGGACAGAGAAGGAGCUCCUCUGCCUGCAGAAGAUACACAAAUUAAAAGACACAUUGAGGGCUUCACUGUGAAACGUCGCACCACUGUUUAUGAUUAUAGCGAUUCCAACAGAUUUUACUGCAGACUUCUACAAAAACACCACCUGAUGGAGGCAGAGAUCAUCAUUGACAGUAAAGCCUUCGAUACAUGGAAGUGGGCUGUUGGCAUUACAGUUGCAGGAGGUUUUAUGGCUGCUGGUUUGAUAGUAGCUGCAGUUUUUUGUGACGAUAAAGAGAAGAAGAGACAGAAAAUAGAAAAUGAACUUCAACAGGAGAAACAAAAUACAGCAAUUCUGAGGCAGAGUGUUAAUAACACUUAUAAAGAGAAGUUUAUAAAAAAGAAGAAGAAGUUUGCAGUGGAUGUGACUCUGGACCCUAAUACAGCUCAUCCCAUUAUCAACCUGUCCAAUGAUGGAAAACAAGUGACAUGCAAAUGCCAGUGGAAGAGUCUCCCUGAUACACCACAGAGGUUUAGUGUAUAUCCUUUUGUUUUGGGAAAGCAGAGUGUCUCCUCAGGGAGAUUUUAUUAUGAGGUGCAGGUCAGUGGAAAAACUUGGUGGAUAUUAGGUGUCGCGGGAGAGAGCAUUAACAGGAAGGAAGUGAUUACACUGAGUCCUCAGGAUGGGCUCUGGUCUGUGGGACUGGUUAACCAGUAUAGGGCUCAUGCUGAUCCCCAUAUCCCCCUCACACUGAGAGACAAGGUGGAGAAGGUGGGAGUGUUUCUCGAUUAUGACGUGGGUUUAGUCUCCUUUUAUGAUGUGGAGUCCAUCACUCUUAUCUAUUCGUUCACUAAUCAAUCUUUCACUGAGAAACUCUAUCCAAUUUUCAGUCCUUGGUACAAUAUACAAGGUACAAAUUCAGCACCAAUGAUCAUCACUCCUGUAUUGAAGACUUAAUGAAUGUUCACCACAUACAUGUAAUUAUCUAUUAAGUGGUUAGAAUGAAAACAGAUAUCAAAGUAUUUCUGCUUAAUUCUAGAAAUUAUGUUUUUUUUAAAUAAACAAAUAGUUUUAAUCCUACAGUCCAUUAUUACAUUGAUUAAUGCAAAAACCAGGAUUAACCAACCAUAAAUAUACAUUUUAUUUUAAUUUCAAUGGCCAGAUAGCUAUACAAUGAAAUUUAAAACUAUUCCCUUUGCUUUCAUGAAUAUUAUUUCAAAAAUAUCAUUAUGCUCAAUUAGACAUUAAAAAAGGAACCUGUUCAUUCAGACUGAAUGCACAUUGUGGCUGAACUUAGUCCAGACUAUACACUGAAGAAUAAAUAAUAAAAUUAUAAAAAUUACAAAUACAAUAAAGUAUGUGAA